UCAUACUGUUUUUAAAUGGCUCCUAUACCCUCACAGCCCUUAGUUUGAUACUACAAAAAAACUUGCCAGAAGCAACAGUGAAAGGCAUUCUGUUACAGACAGUAUUUAGACGGCAGUGCAGUAAGACAAACUUAACUGCUGGCUCCCUUCCAUGUAACCCUCCGGUGGAUUAAGCAGCCUUUUCGUAAGGCGCACCCCCCUCGGUUGGGAGUGAGUUGCUAUAGCCCAAUGCAUUGUGUAAGACGCGACCUGUUAUGGCCACCACUGCUUCCGGGUUCUUGCAUUCUGGUCCACAUCCACCUCUGUGCGUCUCUGUGUGCACACACACUACACACAACCAAGGACUGGAAACAGGCAGCAUCGAUCGUGGCUCCUUUAAGACAAACUCAGACAGGCAUUUCAUCCCACCUCCUCUGAUCGCCAAUAGAAGCAACUGCAAAGAAAAAAAUCUGAUCAGGAGCGAACCCUGAUACACGGAAGAAGCGUUAAGAUCUUUCUGUUUGUGAAUAUUAACAUUUUUACGGUGUCCAGACUAGUGGAAGCGCACGGCCGGAUCAUCAUUCAUUCAGUACUUUGACAGCCUCGUCUUUGACUGACAGUUGAAGUGGCGAAAAGCCAUGAGACUGGGGUAUAUUGCUGUGAGGGGCACUUAAAAAAGAUUUGGAGAAAGCUUUGAAUUUUUUUCUGUGUUUUUCAUCGCGUAAAGGAAACUGGAACCAAUUCAUGUUCAAAUAUUUCUUCUUUAAGCAGCAAUUAAACUGAAGACUGAGGCUGGCCGCUCAAUGUUUAAGGGAUUUGACCUGUUUUGUUAUUGUGGAGUUUGCGUGCUUAUUAUUUUCACACUGGCCUCGUAGAGGAUACUAUCUGAAGCUGAAGCAGAAGCAGGGAGCCAGGCAGGCCGAUGGCGCAAAGGUACGAUGAUUUGGCCCAUUAUGGGAUUGAUGGAGUUGGGUUACCCAGUGCAAUAUAUGGUGAUCCCCAUGCGGCCAGAUCUAUGCAGCCUGUGCACCAUCUGAAUCAUGCACCGCCAUUGCAUUCGCACCAGUACCCACAUUCGGGUCACCCCAACGCCAUGCCUCCUAGCAUGGGUUCCUCGGUUAAUGAUGUUCUAAAGAGAGACAAGGACUCGAUUUACGGACACCCCCUGUUCCCCCUUUUAGCACUGAUUUUUGAGAAAUGUGAACUAGCCACUUGCACUCCCCGGGAGCCUGGGGUAGCGGGCGGUGAUGUGUGCUCUUCGGAAUCCUUUAACGAAGACAUUGCAGUAUUUGCCAAGCAGAUCCGCGCCGAAAAACCGUUAUUUUCUUCUAACCCUGAGCUGGAUAAUUUGAUGAUACAAGCCAUUCAAGUAUUAAGGUUUCAUCUUUUGGAAUUAGAGAAGGUACACGAAUUAUGUGAUAACUUCUGCCAUCGAUAUAUUAGCUGCUUAAAAGGAAAAAUGCCCAUCGAUUUGGUAAUAGAAGAUAGGGACGGUGGCUCAAAGUCGGACAGUGAAGACAUCAGAUCUUCUGCACUAGAACAGACAUCCUGGAGCAGAGAUCACGAUGAUGCAGCAUCAACGCGGUCAGGAGGUACACCGGGACCCUCCAGUGGUGGGCACACGUCACACAGUGGGGACAACAGUAGUGAGCAAGGUGACUGUUUGGACAACAGUGUGGCGUCUCCCAGCACAGGAGAUGAUGACGACCCAGACAAGGACAAAAAGCAUCAUAAAAAACGAGGAAUCUUUCCCAAAGUAGCCACAAAUAUCAUGAGGGCGUGGCUUUUUCAACAUCUAACACACCCUUACCCCUCAGAAGAACAGAAAAAACAGCUGGCGCAAGAUACGGGGCUUACUAUAUUACAAGUAAACAACUGGUUCAUUAAUGCUAGGAGAAGAAUAGUCCAGCCUAUGAUAGAUCAAUCCAAUCGAGCAGGCAAGUCCCCAGUAGUAACUGUAUUCAAGUCACGCAGGCGAAAACCAUCCUCAAGCCAUUCACCGGGAGGUCCAGUACCUGUAAGUCAAGGGACACCCUAUAAUCCAGAUGGACAGCCAAUGGGUGGGUUUGUGAUGGACAGCCCACAGCACAUGGGAAUCAGACCACCAGGACUGCAUGGUAUACCAGGUGACUAUGUUUCUCAGGGUGGUCCAAUGGGCAUGACUAUGGGACAGCCAAGUUAUAAUCCUCACCAAAUGCCCUCACAUCCAGCUCAGCUACGUCAUGGACCUCCCCUGCAUUCCUACAUUUCUGGACACCCUCAUCACCCAGCAAUGAUGAUGCAUGGAGGACCACCCCACCCUGGAAUGCCAAUACCAGCAUCUAGCCCCACAAUGCUUAACCCAGGAGAUCCAACAAUGGGUGGACAAGUGAUGGACAUCCAUGCCCAGUAGCUAAAAGGAAAAUAUAUGCAUAUAUAUAAACAUAUAUGUGUGCAUAUUAUGCAUUUGUGUGUGUAAGAUCUACAACACUGGCAACUGUCAGAUAUUGUCCUUUGGCAGUUGAUAAGGAACUCCAUUCUUGGCAUCUCUUUUGGACCAAGGAGAAGCCCUGUUUCUUCAAAGGGACCCUAAAUGGAGGAAAACCAUGAACUAAAUGAACUUCUGGGGAGAUGCUGUAAUUACACAGGACUUGAAAUGAACAGAGUGAAAUACUGUAAAUGUUAUUAUACUGUUAUCCAUAUUACAUUGUUUCUUAUAGAUUUUUAAAAAAGACUAUGUGAAAAUUUUCCACACUAUGUGUGUUGUUUUCAUAACCCUUCACUUCCUCCAGAAGCCUCUUUUUGCCUAAAAACGCCUUAUAUAUACCCUGCAAGUGAUAGAAUUGAUUUAUUUGCAGGAUUUUUAAAAUAUUACUAUCAGUAUACAAAAGGCAAACUGCUUUUUCCCAUCCAAGAAUUUCAGCCAUGCUUCUCUUUCCUUCGUCUUGCCUUCCUUCCGUUCUUCCUUCCAUUUUUCUUUGUUUCUUUCCUCUCUCUUCUUUCCUUCUGUCUUCAUUUGCCUUUCUGUAAAGUAGCCUGAGGCUUGAAUUUGCAUGUCUGAUUCGUUUGCUUACCAUAUUUGAAAUGGCCUGAACAGAUGUGAAUUUGGAAGGAUGGGAAAACUGAAGUCAUCAACAGUGAUUAUUCAGUUGUUGCAGGCUGCGUCAUAAGGAGACCAGUAGGAAGACGUAUGGACAGCAAAGGCAGAUUAUUAAAGCCUACAGUAAUUGUCUCCUCAAAGCAUCGGUUGCUGCCCAAGCAAAUAUGCACACACUUGCCCGUGCGUGCGCACACACAUACACACACACACACACACACACACACACACACACACACACACACACACACACACAAGCAUACAAACACCCACAUACAUAUACACACACACACACACACACACACAUACUGACACAUACGAACACUCACGCGCUCACAAAUACAUAUACACACAACAAAAUACAUAAACACAUAAAACACAACAGUAGUCACUUUAAACAUCAUUUUCUUUCUGUUUAAUCAGGCCAGAACAUAAACAGAAAUGAUUUAUUUUUAAUAUACUGACCAUUUUGAGCAAAUUAUUAGUCGUGUGCAUUUUCCAUGGUCCCAUCUUGGAACAUUUAUGUAUACAUUGUAAAUAAAUUUUUGUGCGAAGGACUGGAAAUAAUGAACUGUAUUAUUGCAAUUUUUUGUAUAAAUAGCAGUUUGGUAUGAGGUGGCAUGCAUACAUAUUUUACUAAAUGGGAUAAGCUAAUUAUGCUUUGUUGUGGUUAACAGAUGCUUGUUGAUAGCAUUUUUCUAUCAUAAAACCAAGAAGCAAGUGAUUCUUAAUAAUAUUCACACACCGAGUCUUAGUUUCUGCUCAAAACAGUCUGGAUUGUAUAAUAACUACAGAGCCCAGUUGUAGAGGUUCAACUGUGUGCAGCAGUGAAAUCUAAACCUUAAUAAAACAAAACUAUUUUUAUCAUGUUGAAUGCAAUGGUCCAGAAAUACAUUUGUGUAGCUGUUCAAAUUAGACCACAUAUAUCAGAAAAUACCUCCAUUAAAAAAAAAAAAAACAUUUUUUUUGUGAAAGGUUUCUCCCUUUUUUGUAUAACUUGUGGGAGAAGUAGCUUAGUCCCUCUUUAUUAGGUCAACCACUGUAAGUUAAAAUGAAAGGUAUAUUUGCAGCUUUCCUACAAGUAAAGAAAACACGAUUAUAGUAUUACACUGAGCUUGCUUUUUCUGUUGGAUAAUGCAGACAAUGUGUAGGUCAUAGCAACAAAAAAAGCUGAUAUUUAAGUAAAGUUAAUAAAAAGGGACUAAAAUCCAUGAAAAUUAGUAUAUCUUUCUGACAGAGACAGACGGAGAUGUACACAUGCACAUGCACACGCACUCAAAUGCACACACACACAUGUAUACACACCCACACAUCCACAUGCAUAUGCACGUAUAGACACAAACACACGUGGACGCACACGCAAAGACACACGCAUGCACACAUACACACACCAGACACUUUUCUGUAAGGAUCAACUAUAGGCUUUACUGUCUAAUGUAAGAAAUAGCACUUCUGCUAAAAACAACUUAUAUGUGAAUUCUUCAAAAAUUUGCUUUGUAACACCCGACUUUCCUCUAAGUCAUUGGUGUAUAUCAUUGGUACCUUUGUAGUUAACCAUUUUCCAGGAAAAUGUAAUCUCAGCAAUGAAAAGAACAAAAUUAAUCCAAACAUUUUUAUUUAAAUAUUCAUAUAAUUAUCAGUAAGAAAUGAGUGGUGACCUGGCAAAUACAUUUUUUAUGUUUAUGGUUCCUAAGCAUGACAUCAUCGGCAAAAUCAGAAAAGAUUGAACUUAGUAGGUUGCAAGCCCAAGUGGCCAGUGCAAGUGAGAAGUUACGUUUUGCUUCUGUUACUUUUUAAAGUUUGCUUUCAGUUUUAUUAUAUUACUGCAACAUUUUAGUGCCUAGGUAGUGGUCUGAUAUUUUUGUUAUACAUAUAAAAGUUUGAAAUCUUUAUUGCCUUUUCUAACACCUAUAUUCUGCAGAUUCAUAGCAUUUGCUGUUUUGUAGGUUUCUGGAACAACUUUUUAGGCCAUUGAAUACCUUCUGGUUUAAUGCUUGGAUACUGUUCAAAUGUCAGAGACAUGUUGGCAAAGGCUACAAUGACAACAAUAGAAUGAUUACUUGUGAGGAUGUUUCAUCUUCAAACUUUUUGAGGAAAUGCUACUGAAGUACAGAUUGUUCCUCAGAAGUGUUGACACUGUCUCAGUUGCAAUUAACUCCAUAAUGGGGAAAUUUUCAAUGACUAAGAUGAUGAAAAUGUUCUUAUGCAGAGAGGAUUUGCCCUACAAGAGCUAAGCGAAGCUGUCUAUGCCACUGUAAGAAUAAAUAUUUUGUUGAACACUACCAUUUAAGGAACUGCUUCAAUCGAAAGCCAGGUCAAACAAUUUGCACAUUCAUAGAAGCAGUGACACAACUCACAUAUUCACCGAAGCAAUAUACAUUACAACAGAGACUUGUUCAGCUCCCAGGUAUUAUACUGAAGUAUAAAGAUGGUGAUAAGUUCUGCAGUGAUGUUACAGAAAAGACUGAAGCCAAGAUAUAGGCAUGGUCUGAGUUUGUGAGUUUUUUAUACCUUAACUGGAAAGCAUGUUAAAUAGCCGAAGCAGGUUGUCAGACCACAUGGACACAAAAUGCCUGAUAGAAACAGUUUCACUUUUAAAUUCCAAGACUCAUACGUGCAAGUCUAAAAAAACAGUGUGCAUGAAUGUUCCAAAUUGGGGGAGUUAUAUCCACUAAGUCCAUAAUCACUGUCUUGGAGUAUUUCCUUUCCUCUGAGGAACUGCAAUCUUAGGUACAUAUAAUUAGUAUAUAUAAGCAUUAGGGGUGUGGGUGUGAAGCCCCCUCCCAAUAGGGGUGUGCAGGAAGAUUUUCUAUGAUUUCCAGACUAGCAGUCGUGGAUGUUAGAAGUUCAGUAGAGAGCCAGUAGGCACACUACAGUUUCAGAGUGCACGUAAGCAUGGCAGAUUAUGAAUUGCUGAUAUGUGGGAAACUGAGUUCCAUAUUACAUGCUUAUAUGUGGAGGACAAUGCUAUCUAAAAGUAACAACAAGUAGGGUAGAGCAAUUGGCUGAUGUCCAUAUCAAAGUAUGAGAGUUAAGCCAACAUACACCAAUUAGCAACCUGCUACAAUGGAUAGCAACCUGCUACAAUGGACUACCUGGUGUAGCAG